UGCACAGGAAUUUAAUUCUCAGGACUAGACGGAAGGUCGAAAGAACAGAGCGGCCAUGUUGGAUUUUAAGUAAACUUCUCAUGUGAUACCGGCAUUAGAAAUGCAUCCUCGGCGCAGUGCUCAGGAAGUCCUACUGUGUGACCUCUGUGAAACUGUCCCCCUACAGAGUCAUUGUGAACUUUGUAAUAUAAAUCUCUGUGUUAACUGUGCAGUAAAGCAUCUCUCAGACUCGUCUAAAAGACACAAAGUCGUCCCCUUUCUACACAGAAAGUCUACUCCUAACUACCCAGAAUGUCCAGACCACGUCGAUAAACACUGUGAAAUUUACUGUGAAAAAUGUGGCGUUCCUGUCUGUUCUACCUGCGCCUUAUUUGGAAAACACAAAGGUCACGAUGUAUCAGAUAUUCUGGAAAAACUCAGCGCUAAAACAGAAAGUUUACAAAAAGAUCUAAAAGAAUUAGAGACAAGAAUUUAUCCCCGAUAUGAAGAAAUGGUGUCUAAUGUCCAAACUGAGAAAGCCGAGUUAGAAACGAAUUACGGGAAACUGACGACAGAUGCAGAUGAACAAGGAGAAAUCCUACACCGGGAGAUCACCGCCAUUGUCAACCAGCGGACAUCUGCCAUUGAGGAGAUGAAAACUAAACAUCUGGACGCGCUAAAUAAAAAUACAGAUGAAAUCACACAGAAAAUAACUGAACUCAAACAGAUCAUUUCUGACUUGAAAUCAAUCCUAAAAUCAAAUAAGGUCUCCUUAACCUCUACUUACAAAUCUAGAAAUUCCGAAUUUAAAACAAUACCGCCUAAAGUCCGAGUUACAGUACCAAGUUUUUCUCCUCAGAAAAUAAACAAAGAUCAGCUCAAUGAAAUGCUCGGUUCUCUGUCGCCAUUAUCCAUUAAAACAGAACAUGGCUACACAAAGAAGUCAGCAGAAGCUGUAUCGUCUCCUCCAGUCAAACCAAUGAAGUCAGUAGAAGCUGUAUCAUCUACUCCAGUCAAACCACUGCUUGAUGACCCGCGCCUCACCGCCACCAUAGCCACUGGGUAUAUACAUCCAUACAGUGUUAGCUGUCUGAGGGAAGAUCAAGUCUGGACAUGCGGGGAUAACGAAAUCAUGAAGCUCCUCAACCUCCAGAGUAAACUACUGACAUCAAUACAAACCAAGUCAAGGAACGAACUGGGGGACAUAGCAGUGACACGGGACGGAGAUCUUGUUUAUACUGACUAUCAUGAUAGAACUGUGAACUUAAUAAAGAAUAACAAGAUACAGAUCGUGAUCACACUACAGGGGUGGGACCCUCGCUCUGUCUGCUGUACCGCGUCUAACGAUCUCCUGGUUACCAUGAUCAGUGAUGAUGGAAAACAAUCCAAAGUCGUGCGUUUCUCCGGCUCCACACAGAAACAAAGCAUUCAGUUUGAUGAUCAGGGACGUCCUCUCUAUUCAUCUGGUCGUUACCCUAGAUACAUUAGUGAGACCAGGAACCUGGAUAUCUGUGUGGCUGACUAUGACGCUAGUGCAGUAGUGGUGGUCAAUCAGUCAGGAAAAUUCCGAUUUAGAUACACUGGUCAUCCCUCUAAUACCGAGCUAUCAUUUAAACCAUACGGCAUCACUACAGACAGCCAGAGUCACAUCCUGACAGCAGAGUGUGACAAUCACCGUAUCCACAUCUUAGAUCAGGACGGACAGUUCCUCCGUUACAUUCACUGUGGUUUAAAGUUUCCAUGGGGUUUAUGUGUGGACAUCAGAGACAACCUCUUUGUGGCUGAGUGGGUCACUGCUAAAGUGAAGAAAAUCCAAUAUCUAUAGACACAGUGCUAAUUACAUCUACCAACACAGUGUUAAUUACACAUCUCUACAGUGUUAAUUACACAGCUCUACACAGCGUUAAUUACAUAGCUCAAUAUACUGUAAUUUACAGAACUGUGGUAAUGCCUUCUACUUGUUAAUUACAUCAGCUUGUUAAUUACAUCUACUUGUUAAUUACAGUCCUGUGUAUCCUACAUCCCUGUGUUAAUUACAUCCCCAUGUUAAUUACAAUCCUGUACAUUACAAUCCUCUGUUUGUGAUGUGUAACAUGCACUUGUGUUUGUGAGUUUAACUGAACAUUAUUGUGUUUGUGAAUUAAUUCAAUAUGUGUUUGAUUUUCCAAUGUUUAUAUUAGAUAAACA